CAGAGGAAGAUGGUGGAGCCGGGCGGGGCGCCUGUUCCGUUACACCGUUAAAUAUACAUCCAUCCGGAACCGGUCUUGCUUGAUGCUGUGUGGAGCCUGGCCUGGAGGAGAUGACACAGUGUGUGUAGAAUCUCACUCAUUCCAGCCAUGAGCCACCAGGAGGCGUCGCAGGACCACGAGCCCAUUGAGGCGACUGAAGCUGACCUGGAGCAUCGAGAACAGCCUCCGAAUCAGCGCAGACGGCACGAAAACUCGGGCCGCUCUCGCCACCACCACGGCGGCAACGGUAGCGAAAACGUCCACUCCCAGCCCGGAUCUCAGCGGCAUCGUCGGCACGAGGGCUCAGAUGGGAGCGGGCAUGUGCGUACCUCGCGCAGGAAUCCUGAUGAAGGUGACGUAGAACAGCAGCACGUUCAAAGGCCGAUCCCACGACCCGCAGUCAGUCGUUACCGGAGGCAGGGCGACACAGAGGCCCGACUGAGGGCGCAGCAGCAAAGGCAGAGGCAAAGAGAGAGAGAGAGGCAGCAAAGAGAGGCAGAAAGAGCCGAACAGCAGCGGAUGGAGGACGAAGAGGAUGACCACAGCGUCCUGGAACGCUCGGCCAGCACAGAGAGUGGGUUCCACAACCACACAGACCAGGCAGAGGGCGACGCCGUGAUGGUGCUGGAGGUCGAGCCUGAGGACGAGGGCACGUACAGCGUGGCGCUGCGACCCGAAGCCGAGGAAUACGCAGAGAGCGCAGAAUCAGAGCAACUGCCUCAGUACCCUCCACAACCUCCUCCACUCCCCCUUGAACCCCUGCAAAACGUCGAGCGCCCGACGAGGCUCGACGCCGAAGCUCUCAACCCCGGUUACUCCAACUACGUUUAUGCCCAGCGGGCCGAAGACGAGCCCUAUUCCGAGCCCUACACUGACUACGCAGCCCAGGAGCACGUGUAUGAGGAGAUCUCCGACACCCCUGAAGGAAACACACCUCAGCAGCGUCGUGCUGGACUUCGGCUCCUGGAGCGUGACUCAUACGGGCAGCAGGAGGCUGUGGGCUCCAGACUCCACCACUACGACGAGCGCUCAGACGGCGAGUCCGACAGCCCCGAGAAGGAAGCCGAGUUUGCGCCUUACCCGCGCUCCGACAGCUGCGAGCAGGACGAGGAGGUCGAGCAUGUCAUGGGUGACGUAAACGAGAGCCCAAGCUCGCGAGAGUGGAAGAAGAAGCAGAAUGAGGCCGACGACAGCACGCUUCAGGAGCUAGCGAACGAAGGAGGAAAAUCACCUGUUAGCAACCUCUCUGAGGAGUCAGCUCAGGUAAGGAGCAACCGGCAGAAGAGGGAAGCAAUUUCUCUGGCCAUCAAGGACAUCAAGGAGGCCAUCGAAGAGGUGAAGAGCAGGACUGUGCGCUCGCCCUACACGCCGGAUGAGCCUAAAGAGCCCAUAUGGGUAAUGAGGCAGGACCUGAGCCCCAGCAUGGAGUCGGACGUGCAGCCACCGCAGCUUGAAGAGACUCCAGGUCCAGGCCCCACCUCCCCACAGGGGGCGGAGUCUUCUAGUAGCAACCUGCUGCAGCACGAGGGCAGUGAAAACUUCGAGUCCCCAUCUCCUGCCGGCAAAGAGUCAAGGAAGACCAUUGCUUCAUUCCCAACAUACGUGGAAGUUCCAGGCCCGUGUGACCCGGAGGACCUCAUUGACGGCAUCAUCUUUGCUGCAAACUAUCUGGGUUCAACACAGUUGCUGUCUGAUAAGACGCCCUCGAAAAACGUGCGCAUGAUGCAGGCCCAGGAGGCCGUCAGUCGCAUCAAGACGGCCCAGAAAUUAGCCAAAAACAGGAAGAAGCAGGCGCCUGAGGGUGAGACGCAGCCUAUGACCGAGGUGGAUCUGUUCAUUUCCACUCAAAGAAUCAAAGUAUUGAACGCAGACUCCCAGGAGACCAUGAUGGACCACCCAUUAAGGACCAUUUCAUACAUCGCUGAUAUCGGGAACAUCGUGGUGCUGAUGGCCAGGAGGAGAAUGCCUCGCUCCGACUCUCAGGAGAACAUGGAGGCGUCUGAUCCAGCCCAGGAUGAGAAGCGCCAAUACAAAAUGAUCUGUCAUGUCUUCGAGUCCGAAGAUGCCCAGCUAAUAGCACAGUCCAUCGGCCAGGCCUUCAGUGUAGCAUACCAGGAAUUUCUGCGUGCCAAUGGCAUCAAUCCAGAGGACCUGAGCCAGAAAGAGUACAGCGACCUCCUCAACACACAGGACAUGUACAACGAUGACCUCAUACACUUCUCCAAGUCAGAGAACUGCAAAGACGUUUAUAUAGAGAAGCAGAAGGGAGAGAUCCUAGGCCUGGUGAUCGUAGAGUCCGGCUGGGGCUCCAUCCUCCCCACAGUCAUCAUAGCUAACAUGAUGCAUGCUGGACCUGCAGAAAAAUCUGGAAGACUAAAUAUCGGAGACCAGAUCAUGUCCAUUAACGGUACAAGCCUGGUUGGACUUCCUCUUUCCACCUGCCAGAGCAUCAUCAAGGGGCUAAAGAAUCAGUCCAGGAUUAAGCUGAACAUUGUGAGAUGCCCACCAGUGACCACAGUCCUUAUCAGAAGGCCAGACCUGAGAUACCAGUUGGGCUUCAGUGUGCAGAAUGGCAUUAUUUGCAGCCUUAUGAGAGGUGGAAUAGCUGAACGAGGUGGUGUCCGGGUUGGUCACCGCAUCAUUGAGAUCAAUGGACAGAGUGUGGUGGCAACCCCUCAUGAGAAGAUUGUACACAUUCUGUCAAACGCAGUCGGUGAGAUUCACAUGAAGACUAUGCCUGCUGCCAUGUACCGCUUGCUGACCGCACAGGAGCAGCCAGUUUACAUCUAAAAGCCUCAACAUUUUGGACUUCUCCUCAUCUGAUCCUGAUCCUGUAACUUCUAAAGACUGAUGUCUGUGUUGAUCUGAAUCAGGCUGCGUCACCUAUAACCACUAUAUAUCCACAAGGUCUCACAUUCUCUUUCCUCUCAGCACAAGAGUUCUGCACAUUCGGUAAUUCAGUCGGAAAGUAUUGAUAGACUGAAUGAAAUGGCAACCUUAUCUUCUAAAUGCCCCUAAUAAAGGGCAGUCUGAACU